AUGGCGUCGAAGCCUUCGUCUUCGCCCUCUUCUUCCAGAUCGGAGCUUCUCGUCGAUCCCUCCGGUGAGAAAUUGGAGGCUGCAAGUCAGACUGUUAAAGAUGUUCUACCGGUUAUUGAUUCUUUAAAGAAGCAAGUUGCUGCGGACCGGAUUGUUUAUGUAAAGAAUAGAAUAGAGGAAAACAGACAGAAGCUGUUUGGUGUCACAACCCAUGUCUGCAAAAUGUCAAUGGAGAGAAGGAACAGCAGCGUGGCUGAUACGAAUGGAAGUCUGGACCUACUUACAAAGAGGCAAAAAGAUGCAAUUGAUAUGCACAAUGGUGUUCAUGCGAGUAAUGGUGAUGUGGAAAGCAAUGGCUAUCAUGAAGAUAACCAUGGUUCUACAGCAGUUCUUCUAGGGUCUAAUGUUGCUGUAAAGAAUGCUGUUCGUCCUAUCAAAUUACCUGAAGUAAAAAAAUUGCCUCCUUAUACUACAUGGAUAUUUCUGGAUAGAAAUCAAAGGAUGACUGAGGAUCAGUCAGUUGUAGGCCGAAGACGAAUUUAUUAUGAUCAAAAUGGUGGGGAAGCACUUAUCUGCAGUGACAGUGAGGAGGAAAUUAUGGAGGAUGAAGAGGAGAAAAGAGAAUUUAUAGAAUCAGAAGAUUAUAUACUUCGUAUGACUGUCAAAGAAUUUGGUUUAACUGACAACGCUGUGGAGUCAUUGGCUCAGUGUUUUUCUAGAAACACUAAUGAAAUUAAGGCAAGGUAUGAAGCCCUUAGUAUUCAAGACAAUGCUGAUGGGUGUUCCAAGGCUGCAGAUUCUGGAGAGAAUUCUCAGAGUGGCAAUGCUUUUUUGGAAAAGGAUCUUGAAGCAGCUCUUGACUCUUUUGACAACCUUUUUUGUCGACGAUGUCUUGUUUUUGACUGUAGAUUACAUGGGUGUUCACAGGAUCUUGUCUUUCCUGCUGAGAAACAACCUAUAUGGAUCCCUCCUGAUACUGAAAAUGCACCCUGUGGGCCAAAUUGUUUCCGAUCGGUGCUUAAGUCGGAAAGAUUUGGCAAAACAUCUUCUGCCCAGGUUGAUAGUGAAGAGAAGUGCUCUGGUGGUGUUUUAUCUAGAAAAAAAUCUUCUACUAAAAGGCGGAUAAAAGGAAGCCAAAGUGAAAGUGCUUCAUCUAAUGCAAAGAACAUGUCAGAGAGUAGUGACUCAGAGAAUGGUCCUGGACGAGAUGCUGGUUCAGCCUCCCACUCAGCUCCUCCUAAAACUAAACCUGUGGGGAAAGCUGGAAUUGGUAAGAGGAACAGUAAGCGAGUGGCAGAACGAGUCUUGGUAUGCAUGCAGAAAAGGCAAAAGAAAACAAUGGUUUCUGAUUCUGAUUCCAUUAAUGAAGCUCUUGACCGUUCAUCAAAUGAUAUGGUCACCGAUCAACAUGCCAUGAGCAGCGAAGACAACCUGAGGAAAGAAGAUUUUGUAGAUGACAAUGUUUGUAAACAAGAAAUCACAGAUAAUAAAUCUUGGAAAGCUCUUGAAAAGGGGCUUUUAGAGAAAGGAAUGGAGAUUUUUGGUAGAAACAGUGUCGUUGUCGACUACCAUCUCUGUUUGGACUGGCAAAGGUGGGGUUUGUGCAUCUUGAGGAGCGUACCUUUACAAAUUGCUCCUUCGUUUGUUUUCUCAUGCACCGACACACACCACCUUCCCAAAGCAUCAUCGAAUCUCUUAAAUGGUCUAAAGACAUGUUGGGAUGUUUUCCAAUACAUAAAUUGUGAAGAAGGAAAGAUGUCCGGUCCUCCUGGGGAUGUCGCAAAUUCCCUUUUGGAAGGCUAUUCUAAGGGUAAUAAUGAAGUGAGACGAAGGUCUAGGUUUUUACGAAGAAGAGGAAGAGUCCGUCGAUUGAAGUACACCUGGAAAUCUGCUGCUUAUCAUUCCAUUAGGAAAAGGAUUACUGAGAGAAAGGAUCAGCCCUGCCGGCAGUAUAAUCCAUGUGGUUGCCAAUCAGCUUGUGGGAAGCAGUGUCCUUGUCUUAUAAAUGGAACCUGCUGUGAGAAGUACUGUGGAUGCCCCAAGAGCUGCAAGAAUAGAUUUCGUGGCUGUCAUUGUGCUAAGAGUCAAUGCCGAAGCCGUCAAUGUCCAUGCUUUGCUGCAGAUAGGGAAUGUGAUCCAGAUGUUUGUAGGAAUUGUUGGGUCAGUUGUGGCGAUGGUACACUUGGCAUUCCUAGCCAAAGAGGGGACAAUUAUGAAUGUAGAAACAUGAAGCUUCUUCUCAAACAGCAGCAAAGGGUUCUUCUUGGAAGGUCUGAUGUAUCAGGUUGGGGAGCCUUCUUAAAGAAUAGUGUUGGUAAACAUGAAUACCUUGGAGAGUAUACAGGAGAGUUGAUUUCUCAUCGGGAAGCAGAUAAGCGAGGAAAGAUAUAUGACCGUGAAAAUUCAUCUUUUCUCUUUAAUUUGAACGAUCAGUUCGUUCUUGAUGCUUACCGAAAGGGUGAUAAAUUGAAGUUUGCAAACCAUUCGCCUGAUCCAAAUUGCUAUGCAAAGGUUAUUAUGGUUGCUGGAGAUCAUAGGGUAGGCAUUUUUGCCAAGGAACGGAUUUGCGCCGGGGAGGAACUGUUCUAUGAUUAUCGUUAUGAGCCCGACAGGGCUCCUGCCUGGGCUCGGAAGCCUGAAGCAUCUGGAUCGAAAAAAGAGGACGGGGCUCCUUCAAGUGGUCGUGCAAAGAAGCUUGCUUAA